AUGCCUAUGUUUGUGAGUAAGAGGACUUCGAUCUCUACUAUUAGGUUUAAUAAUUAGUCAUUACACAAGUAAUAGUAAAAGUUGAGCACUUAAAACUCAUAGUUGCAAGACCUCCUAUCAUCAAAGCAAUUUAGUAAUUUUGUACAGCAGUAAAACAGCUAGAAAUUAAGCAUCUUUGAGAAAUAAAAAGCCUUGAGUAAGUUGUUUAAAAUCAACCUAAUGGACAAAGAUAGAAGAGAUUCGAUUUAAUAUGUUGGGGCAGAAUCAAUUAGGGACAUAAAUUACUCAUCUACUUUGAUGACUGAUAACAAACAAUAAGUUAGUAAUAGAUUUAGUCAAUAAAACGAUUCUAUUCACAUAAUAAAACAGUAAGAUCAGUCUAUUGAAAUCGCAUUAAGCUAGUAAAGUAGAUACAGAUAACUUACAAAUAAGAUUAAGACUCAGGCCAUUCUGAAUGACGAUAAAUUAAUUAGUAAUAUAAGGGCUAUGCGAUAAAUGGUUUCACCUCAGAGGGCAAGACCUGGUAAUGAGAACUCCCCCAGGGGUAGUCCGAUAAAACAACCAUCUCUGCUACCAGAAAUAAAAAACUAGAGAACUAAUUUACUCAAUAUAAAUGAUAUGAGCAGUGCAGAGUUUCUUAGAAUCCAAAGUAAAGAUAAAUUUUCGCACAAAAACUCUAAAGAGACUUUAUAAGAUGCCGUAUUAUUUGAAUAUGCACAUUUUGUUAAGAUUUAUGAAGGCGGCACUAGUGAAAUUACAGAGAAGACUAAGCAUGUUGAGAUAGACUUAAACUCUUUCAAGAAGAAAUUUUUCAUUUUUAUUGGAGCGAAUGAGCAUCUUGAGCCAGGCAAAGCAAUCUAGAUGUAGUAAAAAUUCUAUGAUUAGGCUUUUCUAGAAAUUGUUGAGUAGUGCACUGAGGAAAUGGGUUAUGAGAGUAUAGGAGAAAAAUCUGUUAAAGAGAGAAGACUUAUCAAGUAGUUCAAGUUUUUGUAUUUGAUAGAUGGGACUAAAAUUGAGAGUCUAUUAUAGAUACCAGAUGAUACUCAUCAUUUGAUAGUUACUUAGAAAGAUUAGUUUAAUAAGAUUACAUUUAAAGAGGGUGAAACUUUAACUGAAAAAAAUCAAGACACUAAAUAAGAUAUUCAAAACACACUUUUAAAAUUUCAAGAUUCAGUAAUCGCAUCUCUAGACCUAAACAAAUCAAUAGAAGAAAAGAAUGUUAAAUUAUCAUUGAAACUAAUAAAUGAAAAAAGAACUCAAUCAUUCUCCAAAAAGUUCAAUAGAGAGAUGUAUGGUAAGCCUAUCUGUGUAAGAUUACCGAACUUGAAUUCAACUUUCCAUGGUAAGUUUGAGGAUAGAACACUGACUUAGAAAAAUAACAGCAAAAAGAGUGAGAUCAAUAAAUCAUUUAAUUUUGACGAUAGAACACCAAGAUUCGGUCAUUCCAUGAUAUCUGAGCAAAUUCUAGAAGAAACUUUUUCAUAGAGAGCUAAGUAAGAAGAAAAAAAUAUGCCCUCUGUUGAAAAAGAAAUUCAGCACAACAAGAUAUUACAGUAAGCAAUGAGCAAGAAAAAUGAAUGGCUUGAUAAGUAUGGUCUCACUAGUAGGAGCCUAUAUGAACUAUUCAGUGAAUUUGUUUCAAUGAUAAUGCUAAGCAAAUAAAUUGAACCUGUUAAAAAGGACUAUGAUGUGAUUAACAAAGUACUACCCGUUCAUGAAAAUCAAAAGAUGAGCUUAUAUUACAAGGAAUAAAGAAUGAAGAAAUAGCCUAAGCUAGAUUUUGAUUGCAUGGAAAUUCCUAUUGACAUAUUUAAAUAAUACAGUAUUAUGAUUAAGGCUUAGAAUAAAACAAUGAUAGACAGAUUUUUACACUCUGUCGGCUUAGAAAUUUACAGUCCUCAUUGCAUGGUACCUUGGGAAACUUUUAUCUUUGUCAAUUGCUUGCUGAAAUUUUACUCAGCUUCUAAAGAUGAGUACAUCGAAUUCUUUUUAGGGGUGUUUGAUCCCUAUAAAAUGGAUAUUGUCAAGAAAUCAGAUUUUGAGUAGAUUAUUGACGAUAUGUUUAAGGAUCAGUUUUCAGCUGGAAUAGAGGAGGAUUAAAAUGCUCUAGCGAAUGAUAUCAAGAGAAGAUUAAGAGAAAAAGGAGUGACUAAUGAAACUGGCGAUCUAAUUAUAGAAGAUUUAAGAGAAGGUUUUAAAUCUGGAAGGAUAGAUAUUGAAAUUUUCAAAUAAGCCUUGAAAUGA